AUGAGUGACCCCAAAGCUGAAAAGGCUGCAAAGGCUGCUGCAAAGGCUGCCGACAAGGCAUUGCGCCUGUCUAACAAUGUGUGGAGUAAUAAGUAUUUCGCUAUCUCUAUGGGGGCAAUCAUGGUUCUUUUUGCCAUAUAUCACUGGUCAAGUGUGAUUCACUUUCAUUAUGGCCGAAGGAAGAAUCAUCCUACGUUGACUAGGAAGCUUAGUUCAACGAUGGGGUUAAGGACAGACCGUUCUAUCCUGUAUAUAAUCUACUGGGCUGUCAACUUGAUUCUCACUUUGACAAAUAUUGACGUUACAAAUAUCACCUAUGUUGCUAAACGACUUGGCUGGAUUUCAGUCGCAAACCUGGUGCUUUUAGUCUUCUUAGCCUUGAAGAAUACGCCUGUCGCGCCCUUGACAGCCACAUCCUAUGAAAAGCUCCGCCCGCUACACAAGGUUGCCGGUUACACUUGCAUCUUCACAAGUGUUAUACACGCUAUUGUGUAUCUAUCUGCCUGGUCACUGAGUGGGAGCUUGUCCAAAAUGGAGGAAGUGGACAAUUUUGCCGGUGCAAUUGCUGGUUUCGCUAUGGUCAUCAUUGGCUUUUCAACUAUCACAUACUUCAUGCGGGGGUAUUAUGAGUUCUUCUAUAUGCUGCACAUAAUUAUGUUCAUUUUGAUUAUGAUCACAGUCGGAAUGCACCGUCCGAAAUUUUCAACUCACUCAGUGAUUAUCGUCAUUUUCACUGCUUGUCUUUGGGUCAUGGACCGCAUCAUCCGCAGCGCAAAGAUACUCUGGAACUUCUUCGGAAAUUCCCUCACUGUCACUGCUUUGCCCGACAAUGCUAUUCGGGUGAAACUCAGCCGUCGCAUGCACUGCACUCCAGGUUCCCAUGCGUUCUUGUGGGUUCCUGCCAUCCGCUGGGUUGAAAGCCAUCCGUUCACUCUGUUGUCUUCAAACCCGUCUGAGUUUGUGAUUCGAGUGUACGAUGGCUUUACGCGGGAUUUAUAUAAAGCUGCCCAGGCUUCCCCUCACAAAUCUCUACGCUGUUCCGUCGACGGUGCAUAUGGUCAAGUCCCCAACUUCAAAGUGUUUGACAAAGUCGUUCUUGUUGCCGGUGGUAGUGGUGCCAGCUUCACAUUUGCCAUUGCACUAGACCUGAUCGAGACAUCUAAGAAGGUAGUGAAGUCGAUCGACUUUAUUUGGAUAGUGAGACACCAAGAGAGCCUCGAAUGGUUUGCCCAAGAGCUCAAACAACUUCAGUCCCAUCCAGAAGUGAAUGUACAGAUUUAUGUCACCCGCCAGAAUGACCUGUCCGGCACAUCCUCACCCACAUCCCCAGACUCUUUGUCGGAAAAGGUACCUGUGAAGGAUGAUGUAGUCCCAGCAGAACCCUCUCUGGUGUUUUCAACGAAUGACCCUGAGAAAGGCGUUGAGCAACAGUCCACAGACAAUGUUUCUUCUUCGGUCAACCAGAUGCUGUCAGGACGCCCGAACAUGGGCAACUUGAUCGCGGCUGCUGCCACUGGAAGCGGCAACUUGGAUGACCGCGUCAUUGUUGGUGCUUGUGGUCCUAGUGACCUUAUGAGUACAACACGGGAAGCUGUUAACAACGAGUUACUCAACGGCGGACCAUCCAUAACACUCUACACUGAGGAAUUCGAAUGGUGA